CGUUGUGACGUUGUGACCUUGUGACUUGUGUCAGAGGCUUGUGUUUUGUGUUGCUCCUUUUUAUCGUGACGCUAUCACACGUUAAUAUACUAUACGCAUAGCGCACUGCGCACAGCACGCCGAGAGCCGAGGAGAGCCGAGAGUGUAUAAGUGGACGAUCGACCCGGCAUCCAUCUUCUUCCUUCCUCUCCUCCGCCGUUUUCGUACGAAGAAGAGAAGAGACGCGGUGGGUGCACAGUAGUCCAUCAAUACUAGUCCUGCUCAAAUAGAACACCCACGCGGUCGAUCCUGCAUUUCAAUCGCGUGACAAUCCUCUUGGAGCUUGUGUCAGUUUUUUCCCCGUGUAAUUAAGACAAGCAAUCAAGCGACAUGGCGGACGUAGUAGCGCCGGCGGUUGCACCACCACCCUCACGAGGCGGUUUCCGUGGUGGUCGCGGAGGACCCGGCGGCCCUCCCCGUGGACGUGGAGGCUUUGGUGGCGGACGUGGUGGUCCACCUAGAGGUAUGAUGCGUGGUCGUGGAGGUCCGGGAAUGAGGGGCGGACCGCCCAUGAGAGGCAGAGGAGGUAUGCCAAGUAGAGGACGUGGUGGACAUUAUGGUGCACCACCAGAUGCGGGUGGCGUUGGAGGUUCUCCCUCUGGAGUACCCCGAGGUAGGGGAGGAGCAGGAGGUUUCAGAGGUAGAGGUCGAGGAGAGUAUUCGAGUCGUGGAGGUGGAGGUUUCAGAGGUCGCGGUGGACUCGGUGGCGAUAGACCGCGUGGUGGAAGAGGAGGAUCACGAAUGCCAGGUGGUGGUCGAGGUGGCUUUGACCGUGGUGGUCGGGGUGGCGGUCGAGGUGGUCCCCAGAAGCGUGGUGGUGGUCCACCUGGUGCCGGUGGCCCACUCAAGAGGCCAAGGUUCGAUGCCGGUCCUCCUGCACCACCUAGUAAUGGUUACGUGUCGGCACCUCCAGCUCCAGGUUAUGGCAGUGCUGGUAACGGUUAUGCCCCAGCAGCACCACCUGCAAGUAACUACGGUGCAGGAUAUCCACAACAAGGCUAUGCUCAGGGCUACCAGGGUUACGAAAGUUAUCAACAGCCACCAGACUACGCACAGUCCGCGGGUUAUGCUACGGCUCCCCCACCAGAUAAUAGAUAUGGCGCACCACCAGUUGCCAGUUCUGGCUAUGCGGAUCCUUACGGCUACAAGGCACCAGCCGCAGCACCUUAUCAACAAGAGGCAGUGGACAGCGGAUAUUAUAAUUAUUCUUCAGCUUAUGACUAUCAAGGCCAGUCCGCUAAUUACCCUCCUAUGAGCUAUGGAACGAAUUAGUACGAAUUCACUGCAGAAUAACAUGAUUAUGCAGGCCACGAAGCUGUUUAUGGAAUCCAAGACUAUGGUGAGUACCAAUACUAAAACGGAGUUUAAGCCAAUACAAACAAAAA